AUGUUAAUAUUAUCAAUUUUAAUAUUAGUAUUGAUAUAUGUUGGAUUAAGAUUUUGUAUUCAUUCAAAAUACAAUAAAAAAUACAAUAUGCUUAUUUUAUUUGGAUCAGGUGGACAUACUUAUGAAAUGUUGAUGACUUUAAAGAAUUAUGAUUUUCAAAACAAAUGUUAGAAUUUAUAUUUUAUGCAUUCGUUUGCUGAUUCUUAAGAACCAUAAAGAGUUGCUAAGUUUAUUGAAGACCAUAAGGUAUAAAGAGAUUUAAAAAAAUAAAAAAGAUAGCUUUACCAAAAGUAGAAUGGAUUACGAUUCACAGAAGUAGAAAAGUCAAAUAAUCAUAUUUAUCUUCAAUAAUAACAACAAUCAAGGCAACACUACAUACAUUUUUGAUAUUAUUGAGAUUCAGAGAUUUGGAUAUCUUUAUAACUAAUGGUCCAGGGACAUGUAUUCCAGUUGUGAUUGUUUUAAUUGGACAAUAUGUAAUACAUAAUUAGAUAGUAGAUAUUAUUUAUUAGAAAAAGAUGCAAGAUUUUGUUUAUAGAGAGUUGGUGUAGAGUGGAAAAUUUAUCUUUGAGUGGAAAACUAUUAUAUUGGGUUAGUGAUAAGUUUGUUGUUAAUUGGGAAUCUUUGAAAAAGAAAUAUAAAAGAGCCACUUUUGUUGGUAAUCUAAUUUGAGU